CAUUGUUAGAGUAGCAGAAGAAGCGUUCGUUAUUUAUGUUUAUUUAUAUUUAUUUAUAACCCGCGCGUUUCGUAUCUACACUGCACUGAAUUUCGCGCCCCGAUGCUUUUACAUCAGUUCGUGAAUGGGACGUUGGAAACGAUGUCUCCCAGUAUUCAGAAAGACACGACUUUCACCAAGAUCUUCGUCGGCGGUCUGCCGUAUCACACCACGGACGCGUCGCUCCGCAAAUACUUCGAGACUUUCGGCGACAUCGAUGAAGCCGUGGUAAUAACGGACCGACAAACUGGGAAAUCCAGAGGAUAUGGCUUUGUCACAAUGAUAGAUAAAAGUGCAGCCGAGAGAGCUUGUAAAGAUCCCAACCCUAUUAUUGAUGGACGCAAAGCUAAUGUCAACCUGGCGUACCUCGGGGCCAAACCACGCAGUCCACUGACAGGAUACUCUUCUGGAGUACAGCAGGUUCAUCCAGCCCUGAUCCAGAGGCAGUAUGGACUCAGCCAGCCAUAUGUUUACCCUCAGGCCUUCCUGCAGCCCAGUCUGGUUCUGCCGGCACAGGUCACCUCCUCCUCCUCCUCCUCCUCCUCCUCCACGACUCCUUACCUUGACUUCAGCACUGCCUACAACCAGUACGCCUCCUCAGCCUUCGAGCAGUAUCCCUACGCCCCCUCGCCAGGCUUCCUGAGCUACAUGUACCCGCCGGGCACCCCCGGGCUGUCCUCCGCCUCCUCCACCCCGCUCUCCGUCGGCGGCGCCCCGACCGCAGCCUUCAUCCAGAUCCCUCCUCAUCAGCUCCACACCGACCGCCUUUAGGACAGGCCACAAGGACCGACCGGGUAAUGCUGAAAUUGCACUAGAACAUCCUCAUUAUGGGACAGGGAACUGUGACAUCAUCAGCCUGUGACUGGGGUCACAUACAAAGGGCUUCAAGUUCUUCUGCUUUUCAUU